AUGACGUUCGGGGUGGUUGUCGAUCUUCUUGACAGGGAUUUUACAAGGUCUGGGUUAGUUACCAGUGCCGCUGUUGUUGCCACACCAGGGACGGUAUUUUGGGUUGCCUUCUCUCUGUAUCUUGUUACAUUCUAUGUGUAUCGCUGUUGUGCUGAAUACGAAGUGUUAGGUAUGCAAGACUUAAAUUCAGGAAUCUGCCCAUGUUUAUCAGACAUAAGGCUCGGCAUCGAAUUCCCCAAUCCAAGUAUGUACACCGCAGAUCCUUUAUCGAAACCAUUGAAUUCCCAGGCCUCAAUAGCCUACCCUACCUCAACACCCAUUACUAGCGGGUACGACUACUAA